GAUUUCCCCGCCCGCGAUCGCUCCCGAGGCGCAGGAGCAGAGGCACGGCCGGGGCUCCGCGGCGGGAGGCGAGGUGGGGAGGGGAAGGCGGACCGCGCGCGGGGGACGGGAGGGGGCUCGAGUAGGGGAUUCCAGGGACGCGCAGCCCCGCCCUCGCCCCCUCCUCGCCUACCCUUCAGAACCCGCGGAGCAGGGGGAGUAUGGAGCAAACGCCGCUGCUCUGGCACCAUGACGCUCGCCCGCUUCGCGGUGGCUCUGAUUUUCGGGGCGCUCCCCGGAGUGGUCAGCUUUGAUCCGGUCCUCAGUUAUCCCCUCCCCCACCGCCAUCGCCAUUCGCCCCCUCCGGGUCCCCAGUACCCUUAUUACCUUCCUACCCAGCAGCGUCCACAGAGGACGCCAGUGCCGCGCGUCCCGCGCCCCCCGGCGGCGCUCCGGGCCCCGCGCCUGCACGCCCUCCACGCCCGGCACACGCCCGGGCCGCGCGCCGGGGACUGCCCCGCCGGCGAGCCCUGGGUCAACGUGACGGACUUCGGCGCCUCUUGUCUGCGCUGGGCAGAGGUGCCACCGUUCCUCGAGCGGUCGCCCCCGGCGGGCUGGGCUCAACUGCGAGGGCAGCGCCACAACUUUUGCCGGAGCCCCGACGGCGCGGGCAGACCCUGGUGCUUCUAUGGGAACCUUGCCCACGGCAAGGUGGACUGGGGCUACUGCGACUGCAGACACGGGUCAGUCCGACUUCAUGGUGGCAAAAACGAGUUUGAAGGCACAGUGGAAGUAUAUGCACAUGGAGUUUGGGGCACAGUCUGUAGCAGCCAUUGGGAUGACUCUGAUGCAUCGGUUGUUUGUCACCAGCUGCAGCUGGGAGGUAAAGGAGUAGCAAGACAAACCCCGUUUUCUGGACUGGGCCUUAUUCCCAUUUAUUGGAGCAAUGUCCGUUGCCGAGGAGAUGAAGAAAAUAUACUGCUUUGUGAAAAAGACAUCUGGCAGGGUGGGGCGUGUCCUCAGAAGAUGGCAGCUGCUGUCACGUGUAGCUUUUCCCAUGGCCCUGCGUUCCCCGUCCUACGCCUUGCUGGGGGGAGCAGUGCGCGUGAGGGCCGAGUGGAGGUCUACCACGCGGGUCAGUGGGGGACUGUCUGUGACGACCAGUGGGAUGAUGCAGAUGCAGAAGUGGUCUGCAGGCAGCUGGGCCUGAGCGGCAUUGCCAAAGCAUGGAAUCAGGCAUAUUUUGGGGAAGGAUCUGGCCCAGUAAUGUUGGAUGAAGUACGCUGCACUGGGAAUGAGCUUUCUAUUGAGCAGUGUCCAAAGAGUUCCUGGGGAGAGCAUAAUUGUGGCCAUAAAGAAGAUGCUGGAGUGUCCUGUACCCCUCUAACAGAUGGGGUCAUCAGACUUGCAGGUGGUAAAGGCAACCAUGAGGGUCGCCUGGAGGUGUAUUACAGGGGACAGUGGGGCACUGUCUGUGACGACGGCUGGACUGAGCUGAGUACAUACGUGGUUUGCCGACAGCUGGGAUUUAAAUAUGGCAAACAAGCCUCUGCAAACCACUUUGAAGAAAGCACAGGGCCCAUAUGGUUGGAUGAUGUCAACUGCUCAGGAAAGGAAACCAGUUUCCUUCAGUGUUCUCGGAGACCCUGGGGAAGGCAUGACUGCAGCCAUCGGGAAGAUGUUGCUAUCUCCUGCUACCCUGGCAGGGAUGGACACAGACCGUCUCUGGGUUUUCCAAUCAGACUGAUGGAUGGAGAAAAUAAGAAAGAAGGACGAGUGGAGGUUUUUAUCCAUGGCCAGUGGGGAACAAUUUGUGAUGAUGGGUGGACUGAUAAGGACGCAACUGUGAUCUGUCGACAGCUUGGCUACAAGGGUCCUGCCAGAGCAAGAACCAUGGCUUAUUUUGGGGAAGGAAAAGGACCCAUCCACAUGGAUAAUGUGAAGUGCACAGGAAAUGAGAGGUCCCUGGCUGACUGUAUCAAACAAGAUAUCGGAAAACACAACUGCCGCCAUGGUGAAGAUGCAGGAGUUAUUUGUGAUUAUUUUGGCAAUAAAGCAUCAGGUAACAGUAAUAAAGAGUCUCUCUCAUCUGUUUGUGGUUUGAGAUUACUGCACCGUCGGCAGAAGCGGAUCAUUGGUGGGAAAAAUUCUUUAAGGGGUGGUUGGCCUUGGCAAGUGUCCCUCCGGCUCAAGUCAUCCCAUGGAGACGGCAGACUCCUUUGCGGGGCCACACUCCUGAGUAGCUGCUGGGUCCUUACAGCAGCACACUGCUUCAAGAGGUAUGGUAACAGCACUAGGAACUAUGCUGUUCGGGUUGGGGAUUAUCAUACUCUGGUGCCGGAGGAGUUUGAAGAAGAAAUUGGAGUUCAGCGGAUCGUGAUCCACCGGGAGUAUCGGCCAGACAGCAGCGACUACGACAUCGCCCUGGUUAGGUUACAAGGACCAGAAGAACAAUGUGCCAGAUUCAGCAGCCACGUUCUGCCAGCCUGUUUGCCACUCCGGAGGGAGAGGCCACAGAAAACAGCCUCCAACUGUUACAUAACAGGAUGGGGAGACACAGGACGAGCCUACUCAAGAACUCUACAACAAGCAGCCAUCCCCUUACUUCCCAAGAGGUUUUGUGAAGACCGUUAUAAGGGUCGAUUUACAGGAAGGAUGCUCUGUGCUGGAAACCUCCAUGAACACAAACGUGUGGACAGCUGCCAGGGAGACAGCGGAGGACCACUCAUGUGUGAACGGCCAGGAGAGAGCUGGGUUGUAUAUGGGGUGACCUCCUGGGGAUAUGGCUGUGGAGUCAAGGAUUCCCCUGGUGUUUAUACCAAAGUCUCAGCCUUUGUACCUUGGAUAAAGAGUGUCACCAAACUGUAAUCCUUCAUGGAAACCUCAAGAAAAUAAUAUUUAAAGAAUCUGUUGGAAACCUUCCAACAUUGGCAUUUAGCCAGAGAUGCCAACUAAUGGGAGUGGAGAUCCGUAUUUCUGUGUUUCGUGUUGUGAUAAGAACUGUGUACCCCUUUGCUGCUUGAGAAUGUGUGAUGUGAACAUUUUGGUUACAGAUACCUCAGUGUAGUAAUCAUUAUCCUUAUUUAGCAUUGUCGCCUACCCAAAUUAGUUUAAUGGACACUAAAUUCAUUAUUCUCAUGA